CUGUCCGAAUCUCCGCAAUAUGUCGCGUGCAAAACGAAGCUCUGCGCGAGGGAAGCUAAGGUGAGCUAACGCUCGCGGCAAUGGGUCGAAAAUAAUAUUGCUUGUGAAAAAUUGUGAAAGAGACGGUCGAUCGGUUGAACUCUCAUGUGCGUGCAAGCGAACGAAUGGCCUGAUCGAGUCGUUCCAUCGUCUAGCAGUUCUGUCAUCCGAUAAGGUAACCUGUAAGGAACGACAGCAACGUACGCCAUCGGCGGGAAAAUGCCGCGCGCCAAAGGCUCGCCGCAGAAGCUGGUCAAGGUGGCGAGCUGUCACCCGUCAACAAGCACGUGGGUGUUCCUGAUGAAGGAAGACAAUCCGAAUGGCAAAAGUGGAGGUCAGUCAGAGAUCGUGAAGCUUAGACAUCCGGCCUCCGAUAAGCCAGCUGUAUUCGUAUUCGGUGCUGGAAAUCUCACGGUGCAGGAGGUUUUAAUCUUUGACGAAAAGAAGAGAUCCUGGUUCAUCGAUGAUAAUGUCAAAUCUGAUGGCAAGUUACACUUGUCGACACCAAUCGAUCCUAUCUUUUUGGCUUUACCUUACUUAAGGAAGUCACAGUUAGCACAACCUUUGGAACAAUGUCUCUGGGAUGAAGAUUUUCCAGAGACGUCUCGCCUGGCGCGGUGUGAAAACUUGAACCUAUCAUUAGUUGCUGAUCGUAAGGGAGACGAAUCGUUACAAGCUUUUAAGUUUAAUGAGGAGAAAUCGUUAAAUUGGUUGCAAAAGAAGGUGGAAAAGGUAGCACACAUAUUAAAAGAAAAAGGAGUUCAUGUAUCUCAAGGUGCUAUAAGUGCUACUUAUGUUAAGAGUACUAAAUGUGAAACUGGUACAGAAGCAGAAUAUUUAAAAUAUGCGCAUGGUAUUGUGUCAGAAUACCUUGCUGAAGAUCUCUCAAAGAAGCUGGCGCAACAUUUAAAUAUAUCUGAUGAAGUCGAGAGUAAAAAACGCAAGCUGACCAGUCCUCGAAAUGAAUCAGAUGAAAAGAAGCUUAAGAAAGACUCCUUUGAAGAAAGUUCAAUGUCGAAGGCAAAGAAGCAAACAAAAGAUUUAAGUAAAUCCGAAAAGAAAAGUGCUGCCCCUGGUAAAAAAGAAUUGGCUAAACAGAAAGCAGCAGCAGGAUGUAAAAACAUCACUAGCUUUUUUCAGAAAAAAUAAAUGGGAAUAUAGAGAACCACUUUAAAGAUUGAUGUAUUUAUAGACAUUUGUCAUUGUCUUGCAUUUUAAAAAAUUUUAUUGCAACAUGCAAAUCCAUACACGUAAACCCAUUUAACAUAAGGCAUGUUCUACUUAACGCGUAUAACGUUCGCUUUAUUUGUCCUUGUUUAAUAUUCAAUAAAGAGGGAUGAAAUAAUUCCAGGAGCGUUGUAAGUGUUAAGUGGAAUGCAUCUGUAGUAAUGUCAAAGUUAACAAUUUUAAUAUUUUAUCGAUGAUUAUACAAUAGAAAGAAAAUAUAUAAAAUUUCCCCAAUAAAUGUAUGUAAUGCCAUUAAUAUUUAAAUGUAGAACGAUAAAUAUUUAAUAAACGAGUAUACUG